GCUGACAUCAAACCCAAAGCAAACUCUGUUGAGGCAACAACAGCUGGAGCAGCAGCGGUAGCAUCUCUCCUCGAUCCUGGACAAUAUCUAAAUUGGGAGCAAUCAAAUCGAAGUGUCGCCACAACUGCAACUGCAACUGCAACAUGCCACGCUACCAGCAACUUGUUAACGAGAGCAACAACAACUCGCCACAACAGCAGCAUUCGGAGCAGCCGCCCAGCGUUGGCUAUCAUCUGUACUUGUAUCGGGAGCAGCUAGCCCGUCGCAAGGUGGAGUAUAUUCGUCUGUCGAAGGCCAAAUACUUCAUUACCGAAACGCUGCUGGCCAAGACCUGGCGCAAUCUGAAAGGCUGCAGCGCGGACGACCUGAAGACGGUCAACAAUCAGAUUGUGUUCAAGCACAAGCUACGGCAUCAGAUACAUCGUUUGCGCAAGCUACAAAAUCUGGGCAUUCGCAAUGCCAAUCCGCACAUGGAGAGCACCGAGCUGUGAGGCAGUUCCCCAUUCCCCACCCCCUUUCCGCACAGCCCCUCGUCUAUGACCCGAGCAUAGCGCCAGGCGGCAAUGUGUGUCAUCCAGUUCCCAGUGGCGGGCAUGUUAAGCUAAUUUCUAGUUUUAGUUUGUAAUCGAUUUGAGGCUGUUUUAUGUUGGCCUUAUUACUAAGGCUAAAUUAAAGUCAUGCCGCAUAGCUGUUAAGAAUUAAAUAAUUAUUUAAAAACUCACAAAUGUCUCGCAUAUAUAUUAUGGCUUAAAUAAACCCGACAUAGCUGACCGCCACGCCAACCACACGAA